AUGUGUGAUGAUUGUGUUACUUUUGAUUUUGAAAAAGAUUUUAAUAGCACGUUCAGUAAUGAAUUGGGAGUGUGCGUUACCAGACUGAUGUGGAAUGUUGGAUAUUAUGAAAAUUUAAAAAUCGACAGCCCUGAUCCGAGCUCAAUGACGUACAUUUAUCCAAAUGAAAUAUUAAGUUGUGCUUCGUCGUUUACGUUUUCAAUGACGGCAAAUGGGACUAUAGAAGUGAAUUUGUUUAUGGAACCUACUUCGCCCUCUGAUCAGGUCACGAUACUCGCAAAUCAGAUAGUAGUAGGUGGUAAUGACGCUGUAGUAGGGAAUGUAUUGAUCAUUGCUAUGGACCCAGACUUUGUCAGCGGAUGGCGUACGGCUACAAUGACUUUGUCGGGAUUCGGUACAUACAACGGUUAUAUAUCAAUACUUGGAGUGGCGGCAAAGGAAUCAAUAGUAUUAGUUGAUUCAUUUCGAUACAUGCCACCAUUAACCGUUGAAGAAGAAUGUACAAUUUAUGAUAAAGUUGAUACAACGUCUACAACUAUUACAACUGAAGCAGAAACUAUUUCAACAUCAGAUACAACGACUGAACUAGAAUCGACAAGUGAUUACACCACACCACAAUCUGAAAUUACAACUCAGAAACCUGAAACAACAGGUGGAACUCCUGAUACGACUACAACAAUGUCACCGACAUCAGAAUCUGAAAUAACCACCGACGAUGGAGCACAAACAACUGUCUUUCCAACGACAGACAAUGAUUCAACAAUUCAAACUGGUGGUCCUAUAACAACAAGUGGGACUCCAGAUACGACUACAACGAUAUCACCGACAUCAGAAUCUGAAAUGACCACCAACGAUGGAGCACAAACAACUGUCUUUCCAACGACUGAUAACGAUUCAACAAUACAAACUGGAGGUCCUGUAACAACAACUGGGACUCCUGAUAUGACUACAACGAUAUCACCGACAUCAGAAUCUGAAAUAACCACCGACGAUGGAGCACAAACAACUAUCUUUCCAACGACAGAUAACGAUUCAACAAUUCAAACUGGUGGUCCUAUAACAACAAGUCGGACUCCUGAUACGACUACAACAAUAUCACCGACAUCAGAAUCCGAAAUAACCACCGACGAUGGAGCACAAACAACUGUCUUUCCAACGACAGACAAUAAUUCAACAAUUCAAACUGGUGGUCCUAUAACAACAAAUGGGACUCCUGAUACGACUACAACGAUAUCACCGACAUCAGAAUCUGAAAUAACCACCGACAAUGGAGCACAAACAACUGUCUUUCCAACGACAGAUAACGAUUCAACAAUUCAAACUGGUGGUCCUAUAACAACAGGUGGAACUCCUGAUAUGACUACAACAAUAUCACCGACAUCGGAAUCCGAAAUAACCACCGACAAUGGAGCACAAACAACUGUCUUUCCAACGACUGAUAACGAUUCAACAAUACAAACUGGAGGUCCUGUAACAACAACUGGGACUCCUGACACGACAACAACGAUGUCAGUGACAUCGGAUUCUGAAAUAACUACCGAUGAUGGAGCACAAACAAGUAUCUUUCCAACGACAGAUAACGAUUCAACAAUUCAAACUGGUGGUCCUAUAACAACAAGUGGGACUCCUGAUACGACUACAACGAUAUCACCGACAUCAGAAUCUGGAAUAACCACCGAUAAUGGAGCACAAACAACAGUCUUCCCAACAACAGAUAACGAUUCAACAAUUCAAACUGGUGGCCCUGAAACAACAAUUUUGAAACCUGACACGACAACCACGAUGUCAGUGACAUCGGAUUCUGAAAUAACUACCGAUGAUGGAGUACAAACAACUGUCUUUCCAACGACAGAUAACGAUUCAACAAUUCAAACUGGUGGUCCUAUAACAACAAGUGGGACUCCAGAUACGACUACAACGAUAUCACCGACAUCAGAAUCUGAAAUAACCACCGACGAUGGAGCACAAACAACUAUCUUUCCAACGACAGAUAACGAUUCAACAAUUCAAACUGGUGGUCCUAUAACAACAAGUGGGACACCUGAUACGACUACAACAAUAUCACCGACAUCAGAAUCUGAAAUAACCACCGACGAUGGAGCUCAAACUACUGUCUUUCCAACGACAGAUAAUGAUUCAACAAUUCAAACUGGUGGUCCUAUAACAACAAGUGGGACUCCUGAUACGACUACAACAAUAUCACCGACAUCAGAAUCUGAAAUAACAACCAGUGAAGGAACACAAACAACAGUCAUCCCAACAACAGAUACCGAUUUAACAAUUCAAACCGAUGGCCCUGAAACAACAAUUUUGAAUCCUGAUACGACAACAACGAUAUCACCGACAUCGGAUUCUGAAAUAACAACCGACGACGGAACACAAACCACAAUCUUCCCAACAACAGUUAACGAUUCAACAAUUCAAACUGGGGGCCCUGAAACGACAAUUUUGAAUCCUGAUACGACAACAACGAUGUCAGUGACAUCGGAUUCUGAAAUAACUACCGACAAUGGAACCCAAACAACUGUUUUCUCAACAACAGAUAAUAAUUCAACUGGACUAACUGAAUCUACAUUAAAUAUUGAAACAACUAUUUCUGAAAUUACAUUACAGCCUGAUACACCAGAUCCAAAUCCAGAUACAACAGCAACGACAUCAGAUUCCAUGGAUGAAGUUACGAAUUCACCAGGAACCGGUGACACAACGACAACUAACUCUGAUGAUAUCACAGAAAAGCCAAUAUAUCUAGAAAAAGGAUUUUGGAACGCAUUCACCAUAUCCAUGGUUAUACUUCUAAUAUUUAUUAUUCUAAUUCUCACGGCUUUGAUAUCAUAUUAUAUUGGAAAAAGGAGAUCUCGACGCGAUUCCCAAUUGAUACUAGCAGACAUUGAAGAUCUUCCAAGCUCUAUACAUAUUCCGAGGGUGUCGAAAGUUUGGACAAACUCAACGACGCUAAGAAAAUUAGCUACUAUCAUUAAAAUGGAAUAA